CGUGGAUCAGGCCUUGGGAUUGACCGAAGUCCGGGCGCUCCGUCGAAUCCGGCCGCACCUGAACGUCAUCCAGUUGCACGAUAUCAUCUUCGACAAAAAGUCGGGCCGCCUGUGUUUAGUCUUCGAGCUUAUGGACCUUAACAUGUACGAAUUGCUCAAAGCUCGCCAGAAGCCAUUGCCAGAAUUCAGGGUCAAAAACUACAUGUACCAGCUACUGAGCUCCCUGCACCACAUACACAGGCACGGAAUCUUCCACAGAGACGUGAAACCAGAAAACUUGCUCAUCAGAGACAAUCUGCUAAAACUGGGCGAUUUCGGCAGCUGUCGCGGCAUCAACACAAAGAGACCCUACACCGAGUACAUCUCGACGAGGUGGUACCGCCCCCCUGAGUGCCUUCUGACCAGCGGUCACUACAGCUACAAGAUGGACAUGUGGGCAGCCGGCUGUGUCUUCUUCGAAGCUCUCACGAACUUGCCGCUCUUUCCCGGAAGCAGUGAGAUUGAUCAAAUCAACAAGAUCCACAACGUCCUGGGAACGCCAAAACCGUCCGUCCUCGCCAAACUUAGGAGACAUCGGCGCUUGGUCGGCGUAGACUUCGGGUUCGAGCCUCGGCCGGGGCUGGGGCUGGCCGCCCUCUGCCCCGGGGCGUCUCCGGACGCCCUGCAGCUGCUCUCCGCCCUCUGCGCCUACGAGGAGGAGGACCGCCCCUCUUCCAAAGCCGCCCUCCGCAGCCCCUACUUCCACGAUCUCAGGUUGGCCGAGCAACGCUUCCAGCAGGUGUCCUCCCAAGGUCAGAGGACCGCCUCCAGCUCCAAACACUCCUGCCCCUCCCCGAUAUCCAGGGUGGACGACACCACUCCAGAGCUCCACACCAGGGAGAGGAAGAAGGCGCUGAUGCUUCCAAACAUGGGGAUGAAGGGGUCGAGGAGCCCUCUCCACUGCAAGACGAACCGUUCGGUCAACUUGCCCCCCAUUGCCGGCAGGAGGGCCAAGAGGAAGAAGAAG